AUGAGCGGGCUCAAUGUGAUCAGAAGGCUCACUUCCAUCAUCCGGCGUAUUAAAAAUUCCAGAGCUACCAUCCCGGUUUUCAAAGGAUCGUUGGCCUACGUAUUGUUUUUUGUUUUGUUCUUUCUCAAACCAUUUCAGAACAUUUUGUCAAUUCCCUCAGCUGGGAGCAGUGCCGUGUUGGUUACUAUUCUUGGCUUUCCUGGACGGUCAGUUGACGCAUGCUUGCACUCGCUUCUCCUUGGCAUGCUCGGAGCCGGAAUCGGAGGCCUCAACUUUCUUGUCUUGGGCAAACUGGCGCCCUAUCCAGUCGCUCAAGCGGCUGUGUUUUUUCUCAUGGUAUAUGUCCCGGCUCUGAUUAAAAUGAGAAAUCCUAGUUAUCUGGUCUUCUCCUUAUACUGUAUUUCCAUGAGCUGGAAUGGCGUAUAUAGCUCAUCAUCCAGCUCCAAUCGACAAUACUCUCCCGAAUUACUGGCAAGCUUUCUCCAGACUUAUGCAUGGGGCGCUGCUAUUGUCGUCUUUGUCAACGUCGUCAUACUCCCUCAUUCGAGUGAAGCAGAACUUCGCACCACUCUAGUCCAUUGCAUCGAUCAUCUCCGAACUCUGGCUUUUCUGAUAAAAAAGACGUAUUGGUGCGAAAUUACGGACGAAGAAUCCAAAGUUCGAGAUGACUUGGUCCAAUCAAUCCGAGCAGAUUGCCAUUUUCUACAGGGCAAGCUCGAGCGAACCUUCUUGGGAAUUACUUACUCGAAAUGGUCAGGAGACGAAUACAAGAAGAUGGUCCAGCUCACAAAAUCGAUGCAGCAAUCUCUAAUUUCCACACACUCAAACUUAAGCACUAUGGAACAACCAGAAGCAAGGCCUUUUAUUGAUCAGGUUAUCGCAACAGGAUCCGUGGAUCCGGAAUUGCUGCGUAAGUGUAUAUAUGUGGGUCUUACGGAAAUACAGAGGGAGCUAGCCCUAGGGUCAGAAUCGGCACCAUUCAUGCGCCAGGAGAUGGAACUGCUCCGGGAGAUUGACACAGAUAUUCGCUCGAACAAACGGGCGAGAGCAUUACUACGACCAAGCCUUGCAAAUUUCAUCGAGCGCAACGGCUCCGGGAGCAAUGCGGAUAAUCAACAAGCGGCUUCUCAACUCAGGGACAUUCAAAGCAACAUAGCGUUUGAAAUUUCGCGAGGAGUACAAGAUACGAAUGUUGAUGUCAUUGAAUCUCCCACACUGAAUUCUUCGAUUCGGCAACUUUGGACUGACUUGCAAACCUUACAAAACGGACUCAUCGGACAGCUGUUCAAAUCCGGAAAGGUCUAUCAUCCUCAGGAGCCUUUGCUCAUAGAUUCUGUCGCCAGUCCCACCGACCUGCAUUUUCCAUCCGGUUUACCAUGCGGAAAUCAGGGAGAGCCACUUACGGCCUCAAAUUCAACUGAACGACAUCGUUUAUCUGCGCUUCAGCCCGUUUUGCCUAUAGUCGGUGACACUUCAUCAGAUGGAUCUCCAAACUUCUCGGUAUUAACUGCGGUAUCAGAAAACACCCCAGAUCGUCAGCAGCAAGAACUUACCAAAGACGAGCUACAUCGCUCUCUACUUAGGACAUUCUCACAUUCGUGUAUCAUGGGCAUGUUCCUGGAAGAACUCAUUGAACUAAGGGAGCUAGUCCUAGGUUUGCAGAGUGAUGGAUAUACACGUCGAAUGAAAUUCCACAUCAAUGUCUUGACAGAUAUCCAAGCUCGAAUCUGGUUUCGGAAACAACCUAAACCCGAAAUUGAAACUUCAGUUCCAUGUCAUGAUUGUGCCGACGAAACAAUGACUAUGCAAGAAGCGCUGGAAACUCUCAAGGGUGAGCGCCAAGUGCCCUACAAGAAAUGUCUAUUGGAACAAGCUCUUCGGAUCGAAAAGUUUGCCCGAAGCCCAGAUAGUAUUUGCGCGGCUAAGGUCGCCUGUGCUGUGUCCACCCUUGGGAUAAUGUAUUGGUCCAACUCAACCCGGGAGUUUGCAAAAACUUACAAUCUUAAUACUGCCAUCCUACCACUGGUCGUUGCUAUCACUCCUACUCUGGGUCAGAGUUGGUUAGGUUUUAUUCUGCAGAUCAGUGGCGCAGCAAUAGGAUUGCUGUAUAGUAUGGUAGUCUUGGAGGUUUUUAGAAACUCAGGCGGUUAUAAGUACAAUCCGUAUGGCAUAAUUUCGGCCAUGGCUUUAUUUUCAGUGCCGAUGAAUUAUCUUUUAUACACGAAGCCAAAGCUGCUUGUGCUUUCAGCGUUGGGAUUGAAUUCGGCAGGAACAUUGAUCUAUCCGAUGUAUCUAAACCAAAAAAAGACAUUUGAUUCACCCCCUCACCGGAUGGGCAAAAGCUUAACAUCGCUCGCGGUAGCGCUAGGGAUUGUGACCUUCUUACAGCUGUUCGCUCUCAGGAAUCCAGCUCGGCGAACCUUGAGACAGGCAGUCACCGCCCAUCCCUACGUCUCCCUCAUCCACUGUGCCAAAUCCAUUCACGAGUCCCAUGCGCGUGCCCGGACACCGACACCCUCGCUUGCAGUCGAAAUGGCCGAUCGGGCAAAGGCCAAGUCAAUCACUCAGGCCGCCUGGGGUUUCGUCAAUGACUCCUUGAUGUCCCCCUUGUGUCUCGUUGCCAGACCCAAGCUCAUCGCUGCCGCCGCCUUCCUCCUCGCCGUCUCCCAUCGUCUCUCCGAAUCUCCUGCCUCAGAUUGGGAGCAACAGGCGGAUCCGAAGCUUGAGCAUGUCAUUCGCGAGUACCUGUCCGUCGACGAGGACGGUAACGAACGGGCUGGGCCGAUCAGUGAUUCUUCAAACGUAACGUCAAACAUAUCCAGCAUACACAUACCCCAUCCCUUGCUCUCCCCCUCCAAGACGAAUUGUCGUGAGCCUGUCUAA